AAAUGCUCCAAUUGCAGCAAGACCGGACAUGAGCAUAAGGACUGUUGGGCUAAAGGAGGUGGUAAAGCAGGUGAAGGACCGUCCGCCAAAAAGCGCUUGAAAAAGGACAAAGCACAGCUAGUCCAAGAAGUGCCUAUGGGAUAUGAGGACGAAGUCAUGGAUGACGUGGCCUAUAUGGCCAGAGACAAAUCUGAGAGACUUGCCUGGUAUGAUUGGUUUGCGGAUUCUGGGUCAUCAUCCCAUAUA